AAAACUGCGGUGAGAUACGGCGUCGUUGUGCUGGCCGGCGCAGUAAAACGACGAAGCUGUUCCGGUGGAAGCAUCUAUACAUUGGAUCGUAUAGUCUUCUAGAUACAUAUAUUCCAGGAGAGAGGGCAGAAAGGGGAGGAACGGGACUGAUAGCGGAACGGAGAUCAGUGAAAGCUAUGAAAAAAUGGAGUCCAUUGCCUUUCGCGAUGUCGUUGAUGUUAUCGGGAACUUUCAUCUCCCUAGCUCUCGCGGAUAGUGUUACUCCCCUGGAAGCGAGGCAGCUCAGGGACGAGGUGCGUGAAAUGUUCUAUCAUGCUUUCAAUGGGUAUAUGGAACAUGCUUUCCCACUUGAUGAAUUGAAACCUCUAUCAUGUGAAGGAGAAGACACUCUUGGUGGCUAUGCCUUAACUUUGAUUGACUCUUUAGACAUGUUGGCUUUACUUGGAGAUCGAGAACGCUUCACUGAGUCUGUUGAAUGGAUCGGUAAAAGCCUUCGGUUUGAUAUUAACAAGACAGUCUCAGUGUUUGAGACCUCAAUCCGGGUCCUUGGAGGAUUGCUUUCUGCCCAUCUUAUUGCAAGUGAUUAUGCAACGGGCAUGAAAAUUCCAACAUAUGAUGAUGAAUUACUCCACUUGGCUGAGGAUAUUGCCCGUAGACUACUACCUGCAUUUGAUACUCCUACUGGGAUUCCAUUUGGAUCUGUCAAUCUAUUGCAUGGUGUUGAUGAAAAUGAAAGCAAGAUUACAUCAACAGCGGGUGGUGGGACAUUGACAUUGGAGUUUGGUGUCCUCAGCCGCUUAACAAAUAAUCCAAUUUAUGAGCAAGUAACAAAGAAUGCUGUGCGUGGAUUAUGGGCACGUCGUUCAAAGAUUAACCUGGUUGGUGCUCAUAUUGAUGUUUUUACAGGUCGUUGGACGCAAAAGGAUGCUGGGAUUGGUACCAGUAUUGACUCUUUCUAUGAAUAUCUCCUCAAGGCCUAUUUAUUAUUUGGAGAUGAAGAGUAUCUGUUCAUUUUUCAAGAAGCUUAUGAGGCAGCAAUGCGCUAUCUUUACACUGAUCCUUGGUAUAUAGAGGUAAAUAUGAACUCUGCUGCUCUUGUCUGGCCACUAUUUAACAGUUUGCAGGCAUUCUGGCCAGGCCUUCAGGUUUUAGCUGGGGACAUUGAUCCUGCUAUUCGAACACAUGCUGCUUUUUUUAGUGUUUGGAGAAGAUACGGAUUCACUCCUGAGGGUUUUAAUCUUGCCACACUUAGUGUUCAGCAUGGCCAAAAGAGCUACCCACUUCGUCCAGAACUAAUAGAGAGCACAUAUUGGCUGUACAAAGCCACCAGGAGUCACAGAUAUCUUGAUGCUGGAAGAGAUAUGGUUGCCAGCUUGCAAUAUGGAGCCCGAUGUAGAUGUGGAUAUUGUCAUAUUUCGGAUGUAGAGUUUCAUGGACAGGAAGAUCAUAUGGAGAGCUUUUUCCUAGCAGAGACGGUCAAAUAUUUGUGGCUUCUUUUUGAUUUGGCUGCUGGUCCAGAUAACCUUGUUGAGAAUGGACCAUACAAGUACAUCUUUACCACUGAAGGGCACUUACUGCCUGCAACUCCACAAAUUUCUUUGUUCCAUGAGCAUUGUUCUUAUUUUGGGUCAUACUGUAAAAACAGCCACUUAAGACAGGAAUCGUAUACUUCUGAUAUCUCGAUGGAUUUUCAGGAUAUUAACAAUAGUAGGUUAUGUAGUUCAGUUUCUUCCAGUUGUGAGUCGGACCUCAGUUCUGAAAAGUCCAAUCCCGUCUCAGGUUUGAUUAAGGGACUUUGCCCAGGACUAAGCCAUGGCCAAAAGUUCGGCAUAUCAUAUGUGGCUUCCCCAACUUAUGAUGAUGAACCUUCAAAUUCAAGGGAGACAGCAGUGGUUCAAAACCAUCCAGUUAUGGUUGUUGCUAGCCCUCCUUCUGAGCAUUCACCAGUUGAUGUUCAGAUCAAUCAUGACCCGGAUGAUCAGGAGGAACCAAGUAUGAAAGGAUCAGAGAGUCACCAACCUCAAAAUUAAAGGCAGCUGGGCAGUUCAUCAAACCGUUGGGACAUAACUAUCUUGCAUGGAACUCCUCAACUCCAUAAUCAUCAUUACCAAACUGUUCUUUGGAUUAAGCGAAGACAGUCCCUUCUAUGGUGGCAGGGUUUCAUGGAUUCAUCCGGUUCACCCCCAGUCUGAGUCUCCCCCUUGUGCCAUUUGGGAUUUUCUGAUCAAUAGUCGAAGCAGUCAACUCCAAGUAGGUUUCCAUAUUAAUUCCUUUUCACAUUACCUUUGAGGUAGGGGUACACAUCGUAUCAUUUAAAUUUCUUUUGGCCAUAGCUUUAGCAGCUCGAGUUUAAAUUAACGAUAUGUGCUCUAUAGAUGUACAAUAGAACAGCCCAAUAUUCAAAUGGCGUUGAGAGUUGUAACUAAAUUCUGUUUUAUUUUGAACAUGCGGAAAUGGUCCGGCCAUGUAGAUUAGCACCAUGAUAUGAACGAUUCAUAAUUAAUUUGAGAAACAAUGCACAAUAACAAUUGCUUUAAGCUUCUCUUUA